CAGCAGCAGCAUAUUAGUUUGAAAAAGCAUUCACCGGAUGUAUUAGUUUGACAAAAUCUUUGAACUCAGCAGCAUUUUAAACUCACCUGUGUCCACAUUUUGCUGCUUAAAAAUCAAAGGCACCUGCUAACCUGCUGGUCAAUUAACCUGCCACUUUUCCUGGCUGCAUUUUCACAACUCUGUUGCAUCAUCAUCUUCGUCUCCAAAAAUAUUUGCACGCGCAAAUGUCAUGGCAUGUAGGAGAGGACGACAACGUUUACUUCCAGAUUGCACCAUUAGACAUGUACCCAACAGUAUGGACCAGCUUACUUCAAAGUACAUGAUGUGCAAAAUGGAGUCCAGCACAGAUUCAGACUCAGAAGUCAGUCCAAGAUGGUCAGACACCAGCACUCUGGGGUGUGUGAGCAGUGCGUCAGAGCAUGAGACUUUACGGCAGUCAGUGUCAUUAACAUACAAGUCUGCGGGACGGCACGCCAGUUAUUCUCUCUUUUUGGACCCGUAUGAUGGGAGCUCAGAAGAUUCUGACGAGUCAAACACUGAUGCUGGUUUCUUCAGCAGACAAACAAGGCAGCAGAGUAAGGGAGGAGGAGGAUGUCGCCUUUUGAAUCAGAGAAAGCGAUUCAUCACUCAUUACCCUGUUCCCAUCAGAGAAAUGGUGAGAGAUUCUGUAAUAGAUCAGCAACCUACACUCUUCAAAGAUAGCAACGAUGUCCAGAUGAGAUGUGGAAGUGACUCUGAGCUGUGGGAUUGUGAGCUUGAUACUCGGCCCUCUCAAAGUGACAGGAAUGGUUGUAGAAUUAUUCCAGAGGAAAGAACAACUGAAUCAUCAACGCUCAUCCAAACAAUGGAUAUAGAAUUGCAACUUCAUGACUCAGGCUUGCACUCAACGGGAUCCUCCACUCCUCAGACCUCUGGACUUCAAACCUCAGUGGAAGGUUUGAACAGCUGCUCUGAGAGAUCCGCCAGCUCUUGUACCCUCAGAUCUCUAUGCAAGAGAAAGGGGGGUCUCCCUGGAAGAGAAAUGGUGGAGCUGGGGCCAAGAAAACGGCUGUGUGUUGACAUGGAAGACAAGCAAGAGGAAAAAGAGAAUGUCUAAGCAAUGUUAUAGCUUUCUAACCAAUGACUCAGAGGUUAAAGCCACACUAAGAGUCUUAAAAAGAUAUGAUUUAGGAAUGCACUUUAUGUACAGCUAAACUGGUGUAUACUAUUUUUUUUUCUCCAAGAAAAAUUAAAUAAGUUCCUACUAGUGCACUGUCACGUUUGAGCACCUCCUGAUUUUAACAUGGCAUUCAGCAGUAAUGCAGUAGCAGUUCUUCUGAAUUUCAGCUCCAGGGAUUUUAAUCAACAUCAUGCUUUUGUUAAAAUGAGCUGAUCCAAUUUGAUUUUUGUGCACACUGAUCAAAAUAAGCAAAUGCAAAAGUCCACAAGUUCCUUUUGUAACUUUGGCUUGAUGUCGUCUUCCUGGAAAGAAGGGGAAAAAAAAGUAAUGCAAACUGCCAGUUUAUUAAAAAAAUACCCAAGUUGGUUAAAAGCUUUUAAUUUUUUGAAAGCCUUUCAUGCAUAUUCCAACUAGUGGGUAGGUAGAUAUCCUCAAGGAAGCCCUUCCUUUGCAUACUUAGCAGAUAAAGUAUGACCAUCAUAAGAACAAUUCAAAAGAGCAG